CAUCAAAUACCCAUCUCCACUCUUCCCCUGAAAAUGGACAACGCUUUGUUUCUCAUUUUUCUCCUCCUCCAAACAUUCUCAAAAGUUUCAAGUUUGGACCUCGGUGUUAGCAUCGGCAUUGGUGGCGGAGGCGGCGGAGGUGUAUGGAUUGGUGGAGGAAUCAGCAGCGCAACAACCCCAUCUGGGACUUCAUCAUCUUCAAAUCUCAAGAAUGCCUACAUUGCUUUGCAGACAUGGAAAUCAUCAAUUACAGAUGACCCACAAAGGGUUUUAGAGACAUGGGUUGGGUCAAAUGUGUGUUCUUACAAAGGCACACUUGUCAAAGAACUCUCUUUCCUCACUGAUCUAUCUUUUCUUCACUUAAACAAUAAUAGAUUCAUAGGCACAGUCCCAAACACUUUCCGAUACCUCUCAUCACUCAAAGAGUUGGACCUAAGCAACAACCACUUCUCUGGCCCAUUCCCAACCCCAACUCUGUUCAUCCCUAACCUCCUCUACCUAAAUUGGCCUGCAAUUUGCAAAGAAAUCAACUGAUUGAUUGCAAAAAAAAAAAUUACUUUUUUGCGACAUAGUUGUUGAUCUGUUGAUUCGAAGAGUAUAUUGUUUUAAAUAUGAUUUUUAUUAUUUUUUGAAUGAUAGAUCUGAAUAGUUUUUGCCUUAAUUUUAAAGUUCAUUCAUUAUUUUUUUUGGAUCUGAACUGUUCCAUUCUCUCAGAUCUGUUCAUAAAAUCAUUUAAUUAUUGAUUAUUUUUUUGGAUCGAGUCCUCUGGAUCUAAGCUUAAUUUUGAUGGGUUUUGAUGGGUUUUCCAUUGAUGGUCUGAAGAAAAAAGGGUUAAAGGGGAAGAAAGGGUGAGAGGGUCAAAGAGGAAGAAAGGGUAAGAGGGACUCUCAGAUCUGUUCAUAAAAUCAUUUAAUUAUUGAUUAUUUUUUUGGAUCAAGUCCUCUGGAUCUAAGCUUAAUUUUGAUGGGUUUUCCAUUGAUGGUCUGAAGAAAAAAGGGUUAAAAGAGGAAGAAAGGGUGAGAGGGUCAAAGAGGAAGAAAGGGUGAGAAGGACAGAACCUGUUCGGUUUCACCACAAAUAGUCUGUCUUCUGCUGAUUAUCAUAGAAGAGGCAUAGAAGAUCAUUCAUUUCAGCAGACCGAACAGGCAUAGAAGACGCCCCCUUAAUCUGUCUUGGUUUUUUUUUUUUUUAUUAUUAUUAUUAUUUUUUUAUUUAAAUUGAAAUUUCCCCCAUUCCUGAAUCCCUCUUCGACGCAAGAUUUGAUGCGAUCUUUCUCAACAACAACAAUUUUGAUGGUCAAUUGCCUUCAAAUCUGGGGAAUUCACUAGCCUCUGUGAUCAAUUUGGCAAACAACAAGUUUACUGGUUCAACCCCAUUUCUGUCACUCUCUCUCUCUGCUUUCUCUCUCUAAAU